AAUCAACACCAACCGACGUCACCGUCUGCUAGGCGUUAAAAGCCCCAGCACCUGACCAUUCUGGAUCACUUUGAGUUUGUCCAACGCCGUGAACACAAUUCGCAUGGAGCCAUGGAUUCCUCUAAACGAAAUAAUACUACGAAACGUGAGCCUAAUCCGUUUACCAAGGCCAACAUUAUCUCCAAGUGGUUGUUCCUAUGGAUGCACAGUAUUUUCCGCAAGGGCAGGCGUGAGCAGUUGGACGCCAGUAAGCUUUACGAGCAAUUGCCCAGCUUUGACAGUGAAACCCUGACUCGGAAUAUUCAACCGCACUGGGAGAAGGAGUCGAAGCGAAAGAAGCCCAGCCUGAUGAACCUGAUCUUCCGCGUCUACGGCUGGCAGUUUGUGCCCGUUUGCGUACUGUAUUCCCUGCUGGAGAUGGCCAUACAUUCCUUUCAGCCUCUGCUGCUCGGAGGACUCAUAUCCUACUUUGCCUAUGGCCAGACGAGCGUGACCAAGGAGAGUGCCUAUCUAUAUGCCAUGGGCAUUGUCCUGUGCUCCCUGGUCACCUCGUUGGUGUUCCAUCCGUUCAUGUUCCAUGUGUUUGCCGUGGGCACCAGAGUGAGAGUGGCCUGUGCUGGUUUGGUUUACCGGAAAUGUCUUCGUGCCUCGGCGAGUAGUGGUGAAGGGCUUGGAGCCUUGGCCAUUUCCGUGAUGUCCAUCGAUUUGUCACAGUUUGAUCUGACCUUUUACUUCUUCCACGACUUGUGGAAGGGACCCGUGGAGGCGUGCAUCUUUGGCUACCUGAUGUACCUUCAGGUGGGCUGGACCUCGCUGAUUGGCAUAGCCUUUAUCGUGAUCCUGAUUCCGCUCCAAGCCUGGGCUGCCAAGGCUGCUGCUCAUUUCCGUUCAGAGUCGGCGAAGCAUCGCGACGAAAGAGUCAAGCUAAUGAACGAGAUCAUCACCGCCAUCCAGGUGAUCAAAAUGUAUGCGUGGGAAAAGUCCUUUGGCAAACUGAUAGCCGCUGUGAGAAAGUCGGAGGUGAAGGCCAUCCGGGGAUCCAUGAGCAUCUAUGCCGCCCUGCAGUGCACCAAUAUGAUCUCGAAGAUAUCACUGUUUCUCAGUCUGGUGGCCUACGUUUAUGUGGGUGAUCUGGUCACUGCCAAAAAGGUGUUCAUCCUGUCCUCCUACUACGGACUCCUGAAUGAUUCUCUGCUUCACUACUGGCCCAUGGCCAUUACCACCUGGGCGCAGACUCUGGUCAGUGCCCGUCGUGUGGUGGAGUUCCUCCAGCAGGUGGAGAAGCCCGAGGAGGAAGGUUGCUGUCGCGACAAUCCCGGACUGCAGUUAGAUACAGAAAAGCCCAAGCCGGCGAAGGUGGGCCGCCUGCAUUGCGUGAAGAGCGAGGUGAAGUGUCUGAGCUUCCGAAAAGUGAGCGCCAGUUGGGACAAGCCGAGCACCAAGCAUCCCAGGAAGCCGCAUAUUGAGGGAAUCUCCUUCCACGUCAAAUCCGAUCAGUUUGUGGGUGUGGUUGGUAAUGUUGGCUCUGGCAAGAGCACCCUACUCCAUGCUAUUCUCGGUGAGAUCGAGCUGAUGCAGGGCCGCGUGGAGAUCCAUGGCAGGAUCAGCUAUGCCGCCCAGCAGCCUUGGGUGUUCCAGGGCAGCAUCAGGGAGAACAUUCUCUUCGUGGAACCCUACGAGGAGCAUCGCUAUCGAGCUGUGGUCCAUGCCUGCCAGCUGGAAAGGGAUCUGGAGCUGCUGCCGCGUGGCGAUGCCACUGUUGUGGGCGAACGAGGCAUCAGCUUGAGUGGCGGACAAAAGGCAAGGAUUGCCCUGGCCAGAGCCUGCUAUCGCCAGGCGGAUAUAUACCUAUUCGAUGAUCCCCUGGCUGCUGUGGAUGCCCAAGUGGGCAAGCUGCUGAUGGACAAGUGCUUUCAUCGCCUGCUCGCCGGCAAAAUGCGCAUCCUGAUCACUCACCAUGUGCAGUUGCUCAAGAGCGUGGAUCACCUGCUGCUCCUGGAGGCAGGUCAUCUCACCCAGCAGGGCAGCUACGACCAGCUGAAGGAUAUUAUAACACACCAUGCUGCUUUGGAUCUGGAGGCCAUCGAGGAGGAUAAGAUUCAGGUGAAGCGAGUGCUCAGUCAGGUGGACAGGACUUCCAAGCUUAGUAAAGGUGAAGAGGAGGCCGCUAGCGCUUUGGAUAUGGAUGAGGAUGCCAACACGGAACAGCAGCUCCAAGGAGCCGUGAGCUAUGACACCUACAAGGCGUACUUUAAGGCUUUGGGAGCUCCUUUCCUGGCCUGUUUGGUUCUUUCGCUUUUCGUCUUUGCCCGCGGCUGCCAGGCUCUUAUGGACAUCUUUAUCUCCCGCUGGGCCACCUGGGAGGAGGAUCGUGGCUAUGAUUCUAUAGAUGAUUUGGAAUCCACACGCACCAAGAUGGUUACCUAUUACACAAUCCUCUUGCUGCUAACCUUGGCUUUGUUUUUGUUGCGCACCUUUGGCUUUUUCUUCAUGUGCCUGAGGAUCUCCCUGAAGCUGCACGAUCAGCUCUAUCAUGGCAUCAUCCGCGCCUGGAUGUACUUCUUUAAUGCCAAUCCCUCGGGACGCGUGCUUAAUCGGUUUUCCAGUGAUAUACAGAAUGUGGAUGUGACCCUGCCGCAGGCCAUGAUGGACUCCUUGCAGUUCCUGGUGGAUGUGGUGGCUGUUCUGGUGAUUGUAACCAUAGCCAACUAUUGGCUGCUCAUCCCAGCAGCCAUCAUGGUGCUGCUCCUUUACCUCUGCCGUGCCCUGUACAUAGGAGCUAGCAGGAGUCUGAAAAGAAUUGAGAGCUUGACUCGCAGCCCCAUAUACUCGCACACAAAUCAAACCUUCCAUGGUCACACCACCAUUCGCUCCAUGGACGCCAUGCCGCAGCUGGAACAGACCUUCCAUGGCCACCAGAACACCAAUUCCUCAGCGCUGUUUCUCUAUGUGAGCGCCAAUCGGGCCUUUUCCUUCUGGACAGAUCUGAUUUGUGUGGUCUACAUCCUGGCGGUGACCUUCAGUUUCCUGGUCAUUGAUCAGAGUUUCUACAGCGGCGAUGUGGGCUUGGCCAUCACCCAGAGCAUGACACUGGUCAUCAUGUGCCAGUGGGGUAUGCGACAGACCGCAGAAAUGGAGAACAAUAUGACCAGUGUGGAGAGAGUCCUGGAAUACGCACAGAUGCCCUCGGAACCACCGCUGGAAAGUCCCAAGAGUCUCGAAUUGGCCAAGGAGUGGCCACAGGCAGGUCAUCUACGUUUUAGGGAGCUCCGAAUGCGUUAUGCUCCUGCAGAUGCGGAUAUCCUGCGUGGCCUUAACUUUGAAUCACAGCCCAUGGAGAAGAUUGGCAUCGUGGGUCGCACAGGAGCAGGCAAAUCGUCUAUUAUUCAGGCUUUAUUUCGCCUGGCCUUCAACAAGGGCACCAUUGAGAUUGAUGGCCUGGAUAUAGGCCAGUUGGGUCUCCACGAUCUGCGUAGUCGAAUCUCUAUAAUACCCCAGGAUCCAGUGCUGUUUUCGGGGAGCCUACGCUUUAAUCUAGAUCCUUUCGAGGAGAAGAGUGAUGAGCAGCUGUGGAGUGCUCUGGAGGAUGUUAAGCUAAAGAAACAUGUGGCCAGCUUGGAGGGAGGGCUUUCUUGUCACCUCCAGGAUGGUGGCUCCAACUUCAGCAUGGGUCAGAGGCAGCUGGUGUGCCUGGCGAGGGCUAUUCUACGACAGAAUCGAGUCCUGGUGAUGGAUGAGGCCACAGCGAAUGUGGAUUCAGAAACUGAUAUCCUGAUCCAGGAAACCAUCCAGACCAAAUUUGCCGAGUGCACAGUCCUGACAAUUGCCCAUCGCCUGCACACGGUGAUGGACAACGACAGUGUCCUAGUGAUGGAUGCGGGCAGAAUUGUGGAGUUUGGAGCACCGCACAAGCUCUUGCAACGCAAGGAGGGAGUCCUGCUCAAGUUGGUCAAUCAAAAUGAUGCAGCAACAGUUAAUUUUCUCAAAAAGAUUGCCGCUGAGAGUUAUGCACGACGAAACAAAAGAGAUUCUCUAAAAAAUGAGUGAUAGAUUAGACCA